CUUUGUAGGGGGGUGAGAUGAUGGAGAGAGGUAUAACAUGCCUAUCACUGAGGGAAAUGAGAUUGUGAAAUGUGAAGGUGCAGAUGGAAGUAAGAAGUUAGAAUAUGGAGGAAAGGUGAUAUUGGCUCCAAUGGUUCGUAUUGGGACUCUCCCAAUGCGUCUUCUUGCACUGCAGUAUGGUGCAGACAUUGUCUACAGUGAAGAACUCAUUGACUGGAAGCUGCUGCGAUCUCGACGUGUUGAGAAUCAGAUAUUGGGGACAGUGGAUUAUGUGGAUGAAACAGAUGGGACUGUGAUCUUUCGGACUCAUCCCAAGUUGGAGCGGCAUCAAGUCGUUCUCCAGGUUGGGACCUCUGAUCCACAACGGGCCCUCCAAGUGGCCAAGAAAAUGGAAGGGGAUGUGGAUGGGAUAGACAUCAAUAUGGGCUGCCCCAAGGAGUUCUCAUUGAAAGGUGGUAUGGGAGCUGCACUCCUCUAUAAACCUGACACAGUAAAGGAAAUUUUGGAAACACUGGUCAAGAACAUUCCAAGAAAGGCCAUCAGUUGCAAGAUUCGUGUCCUGGAGGAUCUUGAAGAUACAUUGGCUCUGUGUCGAAUCAUUGAGAACACAGGAGUAGUUGCACUUGCUAUACAUGGUCGAACAAAAAAGGAGCGUCCUCAGUAUCCCAAUCGCAAUGAUGUUAUCUCCAGGAUAUCUCAGCAGCUUAAAAUACCAAUCAUUGCCAAUGGUGGAUCAAAGGAGAUCAAGUGCUUUGAAGAUAUUGAGAAGUUCCGAGAAGUCUGUGGGACAUCUAGUGUCAUGCUUGCCAGGGCAGCCAUGUGGAACUGCAGCAUCUUCAGAAAGGAUGGGAUGCUACCACUUCAUGAUGUCAUUCGAGACUAUCUUCGUCUCUGUGUGGAUUUUGACAGCCAAGCAACCAAUGUGAAAUAUGUAAUCCAGAACAUGAUUGGAGAACUCCAGAGUGAAACAUCAUGGGGACGUACCUUCCUUGGAGCUCAAACAUUGGAGGAAAUCUGUGCUGUGUGGGAAUUAGAUGAAUACUGGAAAGAGAAGCAGAAGGAGUUUGGUGCUCAAUUACACCAGGGCUCUGUUGCAGGAGCAAUGGCAGAAAUGGGUUCAUGUAGGAACAGAGUCAUAGAAAUGCCUGCCACAUUCCUAAGGAAGCAUUACAAAGACACUGAGCUUCCCAAUUGCAGGAAGUCCUGGGACCAACCCAUCUAUGAGACAAGGCAAGAAGAAAAGAUCUUUCGCUCCAUUGUCACACUCAAUGGGAUGAAAUUUACAUCUCUCCCAGGGAUAGAUGCCAAUGCCUUUGACCCGAAAGGACCUCUACAACAUCACGAGGCAGAUGAACCGAGCAGACCCUGC